AAGAAGACGAAGGUGACAAACGGUAGCAUUCUAUUUUCCCUACCGAAAGGUCAGGAAAAGCGAAACUCGGUGCCUCAAAAGAGGCUUAGUUCAGGCUCCAACGAAGACAAGCCGAGAAUAUAUAAAGUGGUGUUAACCGGUGGACCAUGCGGAGGUAAAACUACUGGACAGAGUCGUCUAAGGACAUUUUUUGAAAAUAUGGGUUGGAAAGUUUAUACGGUCUCAGAAACAGCGACAAUACUGCUGGGUGGUGGUGUCAAGUUCGAAGAGUUAAGCUAUGAACAGGCUUACCAGUUUCAGAAAGAUGUUGUUGCAACGCUGUUACAGAUUGAAUCGGUAUUCUUUAAACAAGCAGAAAUGUCAUCUAAAGCGCCAGUGUUAAUUAUAUGUGAUCGUGGCGCGAUGGAUCCGAGUGCCUACAUAGAUCAUAAUUCAUGGGAAAAAAUGCUCACAGAACUGGGUGAAGAUCAGUUCAGCAUGCGAGAAGGCCGUUAUGACCAGGUAAUUCAUUUGACUACUGCAGCUGAUGGUGCCGAAGCAUACUAUACGCUCGCAAAUAAUCAAGCACGGAAAGAAAGUUUGGAAGCAGCUAUUAUUCAGGAUCAGAAAACUCGAGAUGCAUGGCUUGGUCAUCCAAGAGUUGAUGUGAUAGAUAAUACUGAAUGUAAAUCAUUCGAAGAUAAGAUGCUCAAAUUGAUUGCGGCUGUAUGUGAUCGUGCCGGUAUUACGUCAGUAUCUGAUCGAUUAUCCUUUGACAGCAAGAAACGGAAAUGGUUGGUCAAGUCGUUGGACAGGGCAGCAAUGCCUCGGUGCGAAACCUUUACUGUACGCCAUCAUUAUUUGCGUUCAUCUCAACCGGAUCUUCAGCUUCGAUUACGUUCAAGAAGUCAGAAUGGUAGGACUACGUAUACAUUUACUACCCGAUAUCUUUAUCCAGAACCCCUUGAAACAAAGAUGCAAUUAAGCGAAAGGGAAUAUCAGCAUUACCUCAAGAUUAUGGAUCAUUCUCGUGCACCCAUUAAUAAGCAACGCAUGUUAAAUGUUGUUUUCAUUUUUCAGUAUUUUCACAUUGAUAUCUACACAGAACCAUUGCCACCAGCAUGUGAAGGAAAAUCGUUGAUGAUCCUGGAAACAUAUACUACAGCUCCAGUCGGUGAUACAACACGGCCAGAACUUCCAUCGUUUGCAGAGAUUGAAAAAGAAAUAACUGGAGAUCUUAAGUACAGCAUGUACAAUAUUGCUGUCAAAAGUGUUAACAGUAGCAGAAAAAAGGAGCAUUUAUUAAACGGUGAUCAAGAAGUGAGAUAA